ACGGAGACAUCCGUCAGUGGGCGCAUCAAUCUUCGAUGCUUAUUCGCUGUGCUGUCAUCAUUUUCCUUCUGAAGGCGUGACUAUGAGACCGUCUCCACGAUGAUGGCGCGGAACCAGCCCACGUAUGACUUCCUGUCUGGUCCUGAUCCAUCACCACCGCACCAGGUUCUGCGCGAAACGCUCAAGCAGUCCACAGUGUCGCGAGCAGAUAUCAACAAUGAGAGCUUGCGCGCGCAGCUCAACACACUCCAAUAUGAGCUCGACUCAAUCAAGCAGGAGCGAGACCUCACUGCGCUGCACCACCAACAAGAAAUCCGGGAAGCGCUGAGUCGCUCCGAAGCUGACUUUAAACGGGCCCAAGCAGCAGAGGCGGCCAGCAGUAUCGCAAAGAGCAAAGCGGAUGCGCUUGUUCGAGAACAGCAGGAGGCGCAAGAUCGCGCAACGAACGAGAAGUUGCAGCUGGAGAGAAAGAUCCGAGCUCUGCAGGAGGACAACCGCGCCGUAAGGGAGGAGUUGGAGGAUGUGCAGGCGGAUCUUUCGAGCAGAGAUCGGGAGAGCCAGCAUGCGUACCACGAGCUGGGGCAGAAGUAUGCCACGCUGCGGGACUCUGUCGACGCCAUACAGCAGGAUCUACGGGGCAAAGUGAGCGCGCUGCAGAGUGCACAGCAGAAGCUUGCGGAGAAAGAGGGUGACGUCGGCAAGCUGGAGAACGAGGUGCUCCGCUUGAAGGCGCAGACGGGCGAUGCGGAUACGCUGGCUGUGGUGAAACGGGAGCUGAGCGAUCAGGUUGCAUACAUCAAGAAGCUAGAGACGACCAACCGCGAGCAGUCGGCUGAGCUUAAGCAGUUUCGGAAGGUGCAGAACAGCAUUAAAGUGGUGGAGGAGGAGAAGCGGUCGCUGGAAGGAAAAGUGAGGUUGAUGGAAGAUUUGCGGAAACAGCUCGCCGAGUCGCAGCUACAGCGUCGCAUACUGGAGGAUGAGAAGCAGGGUUGGACGAGCUACCUUGAUGCUCAAAUGGUGGGAGAAGGGGGCGUGAAGUAUGAUACGCCUGAACAGAUGGCGCGUGCUUUCUUGCAGGAGCGCCUGGAAAGGUUGAGCUUGGUGGAUAAGCUUGGCUCGGUGCAGCCUGAGCUGACGGUCAAGGACGAGACUAUCCGGAGGCUGGAGGACGAGAGGGUGAAAUUGCAAGCUGAGCUGGAGAGGCUGAGAAGUGCUGGCAAUACGACGGGCGGCAUUGGCGACAGCAGGGCUCGCUUGCGCCUUGAGCGGCAACGAAACCUUGUGAUGAAAGAGGUGGAGUAUCUGCGUGCGCAGAUGAAGGCUUUGGAGGCGGAGGAGACCGAGUUCGGUACCGAGCCUGCAAACAAAGAGCAAUCGGACCGGGUUAGCGAGCUUGAAAGUCUUGUCGAGCAAUAUCGCAACGAGCUGCAAACACUUCACGUGGAGCUUUCGCGUGCAGAGAUGCCGCCACCGCCCACACCCUCGCCUCGAAAGCGGACGCGGGAAGAAGACGAGGCGGAGGGCGAACGUUUGGGGGAGCUACAGCGGAGGGCGAGAAGCCUACAAGACGAUCUCGACAAGCUCCACAGCCGCAACCAGCUGCUUGAAGCGGAAUUGAAGGCUAGUGUCUCCCAGCUCACUUCACUCAAGGAGUCCUCCCGUACGCGGAUACUGGAGCUCCGGCAGAACCCGACCGCCGACGUGGAGGCGCUCAAGAUGUCCACCCUCAACACUUUGCGGGAGGAAAAUGCAGCACUCCUCGCACAGCUGGAGGGUAAGCCCAACAGCGGCUCGAAGGUCGUACCGAUCAGCACUCUCCACGCCACACGGCUGCAGCUGGAGGAGCUCAAGUCAACACUCGCACAGCAGGAGAAGAAGACACUUCGGCUCAAACAGAUCUGGUCCAGCAAGUCGCUCGAAUUCCGCGAGGCUGUCUGCAGCAUCCUGGGAUGGAAGCUCGACUUCCUACCUUCGGGGAGAUGCAAGGUGACGUCGGUGUUGUACCCCAGUGUCAUUGUCAAUGGAGAGGAGGAGGAAGCGAGCAUAGUGUUCGAUGGGGAGAAUGGGACGAUGAAGGUCAGUGGUGGCCCGCAGAGCGUGUUCGCGAGCGAGAUCAAGGGUUUGAUCGAGUUCUGGGUGGAGGGCAGGAAGGAUAUACCCUGUUUUCUUGCCGCUUGCACGCUGGACUUUUACGAGAGGAGUACGAGGGCGGCGAAGGCUUGAAGUGGUCGUUUAUACCCAUUGAUGUUCAGCAUUCACACUUGCAUCGAGCGUUACAUAUUCACGCCUACUGCACGGCUGUCACAUGCUACCUAUUUCAGCCGAUCAAAUGCCGAUCGGCAGCGAGAAUUUUGAGCCUCAAUG